AUGCAGUCAUCUCAAUCAGAAUUGGACUUUAUAAACUAUUACUUGGAAAAUCUUUCUUCUAAGUCAGUUCGUUAUGGUGAAGAUUAUUUAUCGCGUACAUUGCCCGAUCAUUUAAGAAUCAAGAAAUUUGUCUCACAAAAUGAAUCAUUUUCUCUCUCCAUAGCACCUGCUCCUACCACUGCUGCUGAGAGCAUUACUCUCACUACAGAUUCCAACAAGUUCGAAAUCAUUAUCAAGGUUCUCAAACCUUUCAAGCAAUUUACAAUUACAGGUUUAACAGCCACUGAUACUGUUGGACAGUUGAAGAAACGUAUAUAUCAGCAACAAAGUUCCUUUCCUGCCAAUCGUCAACGUUUGUUAUUGAAAGGCAAAGUGCUAGCCGAUCAAAAGACCUUGGAAGAGCAUUCUAUCGGUGAGGGUGCUAUCGUUCACCUCAUGCUUACGGCAGCACCAGCGGCCACAAGCAGCCAGACUAUUACAGACGAUGCGGCUGCCGUCGCUAGCUUAGGAACCAACAUAACCUCCUCAUCAGCAAGUAUUUCCGCAGAGACUGACCGAAAACUUUCAAGCCCCGAAUUUUGGUCAGCUGUAGAAAAGACAGUGAUCGAACAAGUUGGACAAACUGAUGCUGCCUUCAUUGUGAAUAAAAUGAAAGCAGUCUUAUCUCCUUGA